CACAUAUGGAAUGAGCUGUCCAGUCUCUGAACAGCCUGAAUGACCAGAUUGCUCAGUUCAUGGUCACUCGACCUUGUAGCCUGACUGACGAGGACGAGGCCUUCAUGCCGGGAGAGAGGGAUACCCUGAGAAAGUCCAUGACUCUAAUGAGACACCUGCUCAUGGAUGCUCAGGGGAAAAUCCUUAAAAUGAUGGAAGACAACAAACAGCUGGCACAGAGGAUUGAUGGGGCCAUCCAGUCUGCCAGCCAGGAAGUGACCAACCUGCGCUCUGAGCUCUCUGCCACCAGCCGUAGACUGGCAGAGCUGGGUGCCAGCAGCCCCCCUGGCUUGGAGAACCAUCACCAGCACAAUCACCACGAUGACAGCCUUCAUUACCGGGAUCCAUCAGUGCAUCACAGGCAGAAGACAGUGGUGACAGACAUGUGCUACCCAACAGAAAUAUCCAGCCUGAUGGACUUUGGCACACCAGACUGCUCGCUAGGCAAAGUGUUGCUUCGUGAAGAGGUGGUUCAGCUCCAAGAGGAGGUCCACCUGCUGAGGCAAAUGAAGGACAUGUUGACUAAGGACCUGGAGGAGACGCAGGGCGGCUGCUCUGCCAAUCUGCUUUCUGCCACUGAGCUCCGUGUGCAGCUGGGUGACAAGGAGCAGGAGCUGGACCGUGCCAAGGAGGCCUUACAAGCUAUGAAAGCUGACCGUAAGCGUCUAAAAGUGGAGAAAGCAGACUUGAUGAAUCAGAUGCAGCAGCUGUACACAACACUGGAAAGCAGAGAGGAGCAGCUGCGAGAAUUCAUACGCAACUACGACCAGCACCGAAAGGAGAGUGAGGAUGCAGUGAAAGCCCUGGCAAAGGAGAAGGACAUGCUGGAGAGGGAGAAGUGGGACCUGAGGAGGCAGACCAAAGAAGCCACGGAGCAGGCCAACAUCCUGCGUUCUCAGCUGGACAUGAAGGAGAACAGGAUUAAAGAACUGGAGGCCGAGCUCACAAUGGCAAAGCAGUCUCUGGCCACUCUAACUAAAGACGUACCAAAACGCCACUCCAUGGCCAUGCCAACAGAACCAGUGGUGAAUGGCAGUCAGGAGUGGGUGAUGCAGGCCGACCUGCCGCUCACAGCCGCCAUCCGCCAGAGCCAACAGACCCUCUACCACGGACACACCACGGACAGACAAGCUGUGGUCAGGAUCAGCCCCUGCCACUCACGUCAGCCUUCUGUGAUCUCUGAUGCCUCUGCAGCUGACGGGGACCGCUCGUCAACCCCAAGUGACAUCAACUCACCUCGUCACCGGACCCACUCCCUCUGCAAUUCUAUGGAAGACCUUGAGGACCAGAAGCGUAAGAAGAAGAAGGAAAAGAUGACACUGGGAUCCCUGUCACGGGUGUUCGCUCGGGGCAAGCAGCGCAAGUCACUGGAUCCUGGCUUGUUUGAUGACUCUGAUAGCCUCACACAGCAGAGCCUGUCUGAUGGAGAGGAGCAGCUGGACCGCCUCCAGCAGGCGGAGCUGACUCGAACCACAUGCAUGUCACUGUGGAGGGCAGGUGCAGUCCAGGCCUGGCUGGAGGUUGUCAUGGGAAUGCCCAUGUACAUCCGAGCCUGCUCUGAAAACGUCAAAAGCGGCAAGGUACUUCUAGGCCUGACAGAUGAGGAUUUAGAGCUAGGUCUGGGCAUCAGUAAUCCAAUUCAUCGCAGGAAAAUAAGAUUGGCCAUUGAGGAUUACAGGAGAGCUGAAGGGGACCAAGGAUUAUCAAAAGCAUCUGAGAUGGAUCAUCACUGGGUUGCAACAUCAUGGCUGAGUGAUAUUGGACUGCCUCAGUACUCUCAGACCUUUCAGACUCACUUGGUGGACGGACGAGUGCUUAACUCUCUGAACCGCAGAGACCUGGAGCGAUUUCUCAACAUCAGUGAUCAGUUUCAUCAGACCAGUCUACUUCUGGGAAUCCAGCUGCUGCAGAUGCUCAGCUUCGAUAAAGAGGCUCUGCAGGCACGGCGGACAAAAUGUGAGCACCAAAACUGGGAUCCCAUUGUUUGGACAUGUCACAGAGUGAUGAAGUGGAUCAGAGACAUAGACCUCAAGGAGUUUGCAGAUAAUCUUCAGGGUAAAGGGAUUCAUGGUGCAGUGAUGGCUCUGGAUCAGUCUUUUGACACAGACGCCAUGGCCAAAGCCCUGGGCAUCCCCAGCAACAAACACAUGUUGCAUCGUCACCUGUACGAAGAAAUGAAAUCACUUGCUGUCCCUCUCAGUACUACAGAGCAAGACACUGAGGUUAUUGGUUCUUCUUCUCCUGUGGCUGUUAACCGCUUUGCUGAUGAGAGGAUAUCUAUGAGAAGAUCAGGAAAGAGUCCACUGAGAUUAAGAGCAAACAGCCACUCUGUGGAGCCAGGUCUGGGCUUCCACGGCAGCUGCAGCUCUUUGCCCAGAGAGGCCAGAGUGCAGGCAGUUCCCCGGGCCAAAGGCAGCCCGAUGCACACCUACAAGAGCGUCGAAAUCACCAAUGUCUGAACCAGCCUCCGCCAUCGAGAUCUUCACCAUUGUUUACAUUUUUGUUACAUUAGAGCUGUUUACAUCUGAGAGACACCUACACUCAGAAACACUUAUAGGAGGAAAUUGUAAUUGCUGGAAUGGGGUAUACCACUCAGUUUAUUAAUGUGACUAUUUUUCUGUUAACAUAAGGAAAACAUCUACUGAAGAGAGACAAACUUUAACUUUGACCUAAUGGAUUUGAGAGGAAGAUGACUUUUAGGUUGUUUCAUUUUAGUUUUAUUUUAUUUUAUUUUUUGACUAAAUACUCCAAAACUUUUAUAUAUUAUUGGAAAAGUCAUAUUUGUAUCAUAGAUGAGAAGGCUUAAGAAUAACAUAAACUAUAACUGAAAUUAGCGCUUUUUUUUAAUGCCUUAUAUAAAAUAGGUCCAUAUGAUCCUCACAGCAUUGGUACUAUUUACUGCUAUUUUCUUGUUGAAGAUGAAAGUGAAAAAGUCUGUUAAAGAAAAAAAAAGGUUGUUGUAACUUGCUUUCAGAGAAAACAUACAACACAUAUCAGCUGUUAUUCUGCAUAGAUGAAGGCACUGUUCUUCAUUCAUGGCUAACAAAGCUAGCCAGCUGGGAAUGUUUAUUAGAUUUAUUGAUUGGAUGUUUCUAAAAUAACCAGAAGUUGUACAGAACAAUAAAUGUGUUACUCUAAAAACUGCAGACGUGCAGGCGUGUAGACAUCUGGACUGCGAUCAUGACGUUUUAGGUGACUUUUCUGUCUAAUGCCACUUUCAGACAACCAAAGACUUUCAUUUAUGCAUCCCUUUAGAGACUUGAGACAUAAGCGAGAUGGCUGAAGACAUGCACUAAUCAGCCACUUUGUUAGGUACACCUGCUCAACUGCUCGCUAAUGCAAAUAUCUAAUCAGCAACUCUCAAUGCAUUUAGGCUUGUAUACACAGUCAGUCUGACCUGCUGAACAUCAAAUGGGGAAGGAAGGAAGGUGAUUUAAGUGACUUUGAACAUGCUAUGGUUGUUGUGCUAGAUGGGCUGGUCUGAGUAUUUCAGGAACUGCUGAUUUACUGGGAUUUUCCCACACAACCAUCUUUAGGGUUUACAGAGAAUGGUCCAUAAAUGAAAAAAUAUCCAGUGAGCAACAGUUUUCUGGGAGAAGGUACUUUGCUGAUGUCAGAGGAGAGACAUUUUCAUGUGAGAACCCAGACAGUAUUUAAACUUUUGUUCAACAACUUAUCCACUUACUAGCAUUUCUGAUCCUGAAGGAAAGGCAUUAUUAUGCUGAUGAACACUUUGCUGAGCAAAUCAAAGGGUCAGAGGUAUACAAAUACUCAUAAUCUUUUUUUUAUAUUGUCUGUUAAUAGUAGUAUUUGCAACAAAAAAAAAAAUUGAACUUAAGAGCAGCAAUUAGUGAGACAAAUCUUGAUUCUGCUCUGACAUUCAAAUAGUAGGGUCAGAAUCUGGCAUAAAAACAUGAACGCAUGGAUCCAUCCUGCCUUGUAUCAGAGGUUCAGACUGUUGGUGGUGCAACUGAUAAACUGAUAUUGUUUAAACACCGCAGUCUACCUGAGUAUUGUUGCUGAGCAUGUCCAUCCCUUUAUGACCACAGUGUACCCAUCUUCUGGUGGCUGCUUCCAGCAGGAUAAUGCUCCAUGUCACAAAGCUCAGAUUAUC